CAUGCAAUACGCACUUGAUUUUUUUAAUUUAUGAAAGAGCUAACAAUCCAGAAUAUUUAUAUUGCCACAUGAUGCGGAAAUCAAUAAUGGACUUCUCGUUUGAUAUUUUUGUAUAUUAAGUGGUUGAGAACAACAUUGAGAGUGAAGAGAAAUAAGGAAAAUAUCAUGGCUAGUUCUGAUAUACCAACAAUUGAUGUUUCUCCUUAUUUUAAAUCAGAUCAGGAAAAUGAAGAGGGGAAAAAGAAGGCUAUGGAGAAAAUUAGAGAAGCCUGUGUUACCUAUGGCUUCUUCCAUAUUGCGAAUCAUGGAAUUCCUUUGGAGUUGUUGAGCAGAACCAUGGAUAUGUAUAAGACUUUCUUUGCUUCUUCAGAUGAAGAAAAACUCUCUAUACCUCAUAAUUAUUUAAAGAGCACACAGAAGUCAGCUGGGACUUUUGAGCACUUGUGGGUUCGUCUUUCAUCAUCCUCUGCCUUCGAUGUUUGCCCCAACAAUCCACCUCAAUUCAGAAAAGUAUUGGAAGAGAUGGCUUCCCAUUUCACAAAAUUAGGAGUUGUGUCGGAGAGAAUCAUCAGCGAGUGUUUGGGCCUCCCUCCUGACUUCCUAGCAAACUACACAAAUGAGCGGUCUCGGGAUGCAUUGAUGGGCCUCAACUACUUUCCGGCGAAAGAAGAUGACAACACAGGAAAACCCGCACAUGAAGAUCCUGGCUGCUUCACCAUUGUCUACCAGUAUGAAGUUGGAGGCCUUCAGGUGCAAAAAGAUGGACAGUGGAUUCCUAUAGCGCCUUCCAGAGACAAACUAGUUGUUAACAUUGGUGAUGUGAUCCAGGUGCUAAGCAACUAUAAAUUCAAGAGUGCAACUCACAAGUUGGUCAGAGCAAGAGAAACAAAUCAUUGCUCAUACGCGUUCUUCUAUGACAUGCAAAGAGACAAGUGGAUCGAUCCAUUACCACAGUUCACCAAGGAAAUUGGCGAGUCGCCCAAGUACAGAGGAUUCCUCUUCGAAGAAUAUCUGCAGUUGAGACUUAGAAACGUGACUCAUCCACCAGCUAGACCUGAAGAUCUCUCCUCAUCCAUAUAACCCAAUACUUAAUUUCUAGUUAGAGCAAGUCUUAUGUGAUCAAAGAUUUUCUCUCUAUGUUGAAAGAAAUAUAGCAAUAUUAGGUAUGUGAAGUGCAUUUAAAAAUCUCAUCUAUUAGAGAGCACACAACUAUUUUCUUAAUUUGUUCCACUUGUCUCUCAUAGUACAAGUCUGAUUCUUUGAAGAGGAAUCCUCGAUUUA